AAUGCUGUUCCAAAAUGGUGCAAAAGCCCGCAACGGAGCUGUUUGUGUGUUGCGUUCUUUACGUCGGAUGUUUGCUAUAUUCUUUCUAUAAAAACUACGAGCUAAGCAAUGAAAAUUUGAUAAACUACCACAGUCUCGAUACCGGUUGGUACAUAUUCAACUACAGAAGGCGAGAUGAUUUCGACUGGGAAUGGGAACAUUACAUCGGUUUCAUCGAGCGGCAUGGAAUGUAUUUCCUUGUGCACGUUGUUGUGAUGGAACUUGCCAGGCGCUAUUCUCCGAAGCAUAUUUCCUUCGUUUUAACGCUGUUCGGACUCGUGGUGAUUUAUCGCAUGUACAACGUGCCUGUAUUGAUGGUGAUAAUAGUGCAAAGUCUUUCCUUCUAUUAUGGAAACUCAGCAAGGUACUAUCGGCGUACAAUCUGGAUCAAAACAUUCCUAUGGAUCGCUGUGAUCAACUACUUCAAAGUGUGUUAUUUUUACGACAAGCUUAAUGUACAUCUCAACAUCCACAACGAUCAACUGCUGGAGCUGAGCCUCAUCACUUCAUGGAACGUUAUCAAGUGCACCAGUUUCUGUCUGGACAAGGCUAGGGAAGCACCAUCGAGCGAAGACUACGGUCUGCUCGAUCUGAUGGCUUACUUACUAUACUUUCCACUGCUUUUGAUGGGACCCGCCAUAGUUUACAGCAGAUUCAAAACGAUUCACAACCAUUUCCAACACGAGCUGGAACCACACAGCUUUCCAGAUCGUAUGUGGACCCUAGCAAAGCGGCUAAUGAUGGCAUGGUUUUGGGCGCUGAUCAUGCUGGCCGGGCAACACUUUCUGUACGUGAAUCUCAUCCAGCAAGAUCUGACAUUGCUGCAGCAUGUGAAUCUUUGGGCACUGUAUGGGCUAGGCUUUCUAAUGGGACAGUUUUUCUGCAUCAAGUACGUCGUGUUCUAUGGCGUGGGGAUAGCGUUUGGUUGCUUCGACGGUAUUGAUAUGCCCGCCAAACCGAUCUGCAUUGCCAGAGUGAACCAGUACUCGGACAUGUGGAAAUUUUUCGACCGAAGUUUGUACGAAUUUCUGUUCAAGUACAUCUACACCGAGUUGUGCACAAAAACGUCCACACUUCCGCGGAAAAUACUUGCCAGUUUGGCUACAUUUGCUUUCAUCUACAUCUGGCACGGUGUGUUUCUGUUCAUUUUCAUCUGGUCGUUGAUAAAUUGGAUUUGCAUUUUGCUCGAACGAUUGGUCAACCAUUGCACACCCGCCGAUAGCCGGUGGCGCCCAAUCAUCGGAACGCACGUGUUCAUUCCUUCGGUCCUUUCGAAUUUCUUCUUUUUUGCCGCUGAAAAUGUGGGCUACAUCUACCUCAAGCGCACGUACACCGAGGGAAUCAGGAACUAUGUGGGUUUAUAUGUGGCUUCGUAUUGCUUCUACCAGACCGGACAGCUAGUGAAGAUAAUGCAGACGAAUCGUGCUAUCGAAGAGCGGCGAAUGAGAUGAUAUAAUAUAGAAAGCAUUUAUUUAUCCUA